CUCUCCCCAACCCUACUUUCUCCCAGAGAAUCGAACACGCAGUUCAUACUCGCUUGCGAUAUCACCUGACGCGAGGACCAACUCUGUACAACACAGGAUAACACAGGCCUGUCAAUAUGAUCUCCACCGGUUUGAGACGGUCAGCGUUGGGUGCUUGCCGCGGCCGUGCCGGAGGGCCGAUUUCCAGACUCAGAAACCUUGCGCCGUCCACUGCGGUGACGCAGCACGAAUGGCGGGGGGUCAGCUGCCGUCACCCAUUGGAAAGCAGAAGAUGGAUUUCCGUCUACGGCUACACUCAAGCUAAGGCCCUUAUUUAUUCUCGUUACGGGGAGCCAAAGGAUGUUCUGCAGCUUCACAAGCAUUCCAUAUCCGCCCCACAUGGGACUCAAGUCAAUCUUCGUCUGCUUGCUGCGCCGCUAAAUCCAGCCGACGUAAACCAGAUCCAGGGCGUCUAUCCGAGUAGGCCACCCUUCGAGACAUCUCUUGGUACACAAACGCCUUGCGCGGUUGCCGGCAAUGAAGGCGCGUUUGAGGUCAUCUCCACUGGUUCCAAUGUCACCAACAUCAAGAAAGGGGAUUGGGUGGUUAUGAAGCAGACUGGACAAGGCACUUGGCGCACUCAUGCACAGAUGGACGAGUCGCAGUUAAUCAAGAUCGAAGACAAGGAAGGCCUAACUCCGCUUCAGGUCAGUACCGUCAGCGUAAAUCCUGUGACAGCGUACCGGAUGAUCAAGGAUUUUUGUGACUGGGAUUGGAUGCGUACUGGAGAAGAAUGGUUGAUUCAGAAUGGAGCUAACAGCGGUGUUGGACGAGCUGCUAUCCAGCUGGCGCGGGAAUGGGGUAUCAAAACACUCAACGUCGUACGGGAACGGAAGACGCCCGAAGAGACUGAGAAUUUGAAGCAGGAACUGCGUGAUCUGGGUGCGACGGCGGUAGUGACGGAAGCCGAGUUGCUGUCUGGUGAAUUCAAGAAUCUUGUGCAUGAACUCACACGCAAGGGGAGAGAACCUAUUCGUUUGGCGCUGAACUGCGUUGGCGGUAAAAGCGCGACUGCACUGGCCAAAACUCUCGCACCGGGUUCGCACCUGGUCACUUAUGGAGCCAUGUCGAAGCAGCCGGUUGCACUGCCGUCGGGCCUCCUUAUUUUCAAGAACCUUGCCUUUAAUGGGUUCUGGGUCAGCAAAUGGGGCGACAAGAACCCACAACUCAAGGAGAACACGAUCAACGAUGUGUUACAGUUGACAAGAGCAGGCAAGUUCAAGGAUAUCCCCGUGGAAGAGCUCAAAUGGCGCUGGAACAGCGAGGGUGCAGAGCUUUUGGCUGGUGUGCAGGAAACACUGAGUGGUUUCCGCAGUGGAAAAGGCUUGCUUCGGUACGAGGCUGAGGAUUGAAUUUCGUGAUCUCAAUUUACUUAUCGCAACAUUGAAAGGGGGUGUAGAAUGCUGGCCUCAACUCACGACGCUGAAAAGCUAGCUAGUGUUUAGCUCAUGUAUACUACUAAUGUUCCAUCCAGUUUGGCUUUUCAUCACCAUCAAGAUCGUGUUUGCCUAAAGUCCAAUAAAGCAUAGUAAGCCG